CACCCAGACACCACCGACCUUGCUGUUGUGUAAUAUGCGAACGUCAACAAAGACUGGCAGAGGCGCAGUCCUUGAACCUUCGACGUCCCUCUGGGCCGGCGUGUGCCGGUCGUGGUUGGUCGGUCGGCCGCGAGAUAACGAAGGAUUUCCGGCACAACCCCCGGUCUCUUGAGCUGUCGGUCUCAUUUCACACCGCGCGGCAUCGACGAGACUGCGAGAGCAGCCACCCUGCCAAUCCGGAUCAGCUGCCCCUUUGCAGCCCAGCCAGGCCAGGCCGCAUCGCUGGUGGGUGGCGUCAAGCCUUCCAUCUCGUGGCUCGAUAGCCCCGUGCUGACGGCUGGUGCGAUGGUGGGUUGUAUCCUCCAUCUACGGAGUACAUUUCACAGACAUGCAGACAUGUGCGUCCUCCGCAUCGUUACGCCGUCAGCUUACGCGAUGGCUUCCGAUCUGGCGAUCCGGCAGUGCACUGGGCCACUGGCAUUGGCCAAUCCGCCAGCAGCUCGACCUCGGGGUUGACAGCCGGCUCAGCGACUCCCUUCGACUCCCUUCGACUCACUUCACCUCGUCUUGCCGUCUUGCUCUGAUCCCGGCCUCCUUGGUCAAUUUCCGGCUGUCCUGCCUGUUGGUACACGUCUGCAGCGUGGCCCAUGUCUCACUUCUGCCAGCUUCCUAGUCCGGCCCGCCCCAAGCACUCGCACUCGCGUCCACUUCAGCCGCCGGUCCUUUUACCCUGCAUGGUUUCUGUUUCGCAAACAUGCCAUUCUGCUAUUCUGCCGUUCUGUACCAGCCUGAUGUCUCGUGCCGUCUCUGCCAUGGCCAUAUCUUGUCCAGGUAAGCUGGCAAGUCAUUCCCGUGGCCGGCUCCUUCGUCUUGUUACUAUGUAUGAGUCCUGAUAAGCCAGCAAGCCAUCCAUGAAAAGGGCAUGUGGGCCGCUUCACUAAACCCCGUCUGAUCCGACGUGUCGGAUCUUGACCCUGAACACCAUUCGCAGAGCUGCUGGAUCCCAGGUAUGACAGGACCCGCCACGCUCAGGUGGGACAUUGUCUAUACACCACCACGCAGCCUGGACCUGUACGCAUCCGUGGAGGGGACCCGCUGCUUAUCGCUCCCCAGCCGUAUGGCCGAGCGAGCAAUGUGCUCCCUUCUCGAGGCGAGGCUCCCCACCCAGCUGGCAGGCCAGGCCAACAAAGGGCAUCCCCUUCUCAUUGGACCUCUGCUCCACUCAUAUCUGUGCCACAUGGUCUGUCCAGGGUCCAGAUGCUAUACGGAGUACCGGGUACGCUGCACAAGGCAGACCGUCCAGGCCGUCCUCGAAAUUGCCCUGCGCCGAGAGGACAUCCCAUCGGCUGCGCCAAGUCUGCGUGCGUCUUUGCCCGGGCCGCGCUGAGACCAAUGUUCCGCUCUUCUAUUUAUCUACCUGCACACCCACUCCUGCGGUCUUCCCCAGGCCGCGGUCCUCUGUCUGUUCCUUUUCCUGUUGCGUUGCUGCUUCUUUUGUCGAGAGCCUGCAGCGUUUCUUUUUGUUUUUCUGCCUGUCAACCCUGCUUGGCACUGCUGUGAAAAGCAGCUACAGCUUUAUUCAACACCCCGGGGCACGCACAAGCCGCCAAGAUGUCGGCUGGACCUCUUGAGGAGUACACUGGUCUGGAUGGUGUUGCCUACGAGGGAGGCGACUCGCUGGUAGACGACCUGAACGUUUACUAUUCAUCAGGCGACUUCGCCUGGAUCCUCACAUCGGCAGCCCUGGUUCUGCUUAUGAUCCCUGGCGUGGGCUUUUUCUACAGCGGUCUUGCUCGUCGAAAGUCUGCACUCGCCUUGAUAUGGCUCUCCUUGAUGAGUAUAGCAGUCGUCGGGUUCCAGUGGUUCUUUUGGGGAUACACCCUGGCCUUCAGUCACACCGGCAGUGCCUUCAUCGGUGACAUGUCCAACUUUGGCCUCAUGAAAGUCUUGGGCCAGCCCAGCGUGGGAAGCAGCAAGAUCCCCGACUUGCUAUUUUGUCUGUACCAGGGCAUGUUCGCUGCCAUCACACCCGCCCUCGCCAUCGGUGCUGCAGCCGAUCGUGGCCGAAUGCUCCCUGCUCUCGUCUUCAUCUUCAUCUGGUCAACCAUCGUCUAUGACCCUAUCGCUUACUGGACCUGGAACCCCAAUGGCUGGUCCUUGAACCUCGGCGGUCUCGACUUUGCCGGUGGCACGCCUGUGCACAUUUCCUCAGGCGCUGCCGCUCUUGCCUACUCCCUCAUGCUCGGCCGGCGGACUGGCUACGACAAGACACACGGCCUACCGUACCGCCCGCACAACGUCACCCAUGUUGUUCUUGGGACGGUAUUCCUAUGGGUCGGCUGGUUCGGAUUCAACGGUGGUAGCGCUCUUGGUGCGAACCUGCGUGCAGUCUUGGCCUGUGUCGUGACCCACAUCGCCGCUUGUGUGGGUGGCUUUACCUGGUGUCUGAUGGACUACCGCCUCGAGAAGAAAUGGAGCACUGUCGGGUUCUGUAGUGGUGUCAUUGCCGGCCUGGUAGCCAUCACGCCGGCCGCUGGAUUCGUACCAACCUGGGCAGCUGUCAUUUAUGGAGUCGUCGGUGGUAUUGCGUGCAACUUGGCCACCAAGAUCAAGUUCUGGGUUGGCAUCGACGACGCUCUCGAUGUGUUUGCCGAGCACGGUGUUGGCGGUAUUGUUGGAAAUCUCCUGACCGGCCUCUUUGCUGCCGACUAUAUCGCUCACCUUGACGGUGCCACUGAGAUCGAUGGCGGCUGGCUCAACCACAACUACAUCCAGCUGGCCAUUCAGCUUGCUGACUGUGUCGCCGGAUUCGCGUGGUCCUUCGUUGUCACCUGUAUCAUCCUGUUUGUCAUGAACCUGAUCCCUGGCCUGAGCCUUCGCGCCUCGGUCGAGGAGGAGGAGUUGGGGCUAGACGAUGCGCAACUCGGUGAGUUCGCUUAUGACUACGUCGAGCUGAGCCGCACGAUGAACGAUGUGCUCGGGGGCUCGACCGAGGGGCAUGCUUCCAGCCGGGGAAGUCUCAAGAAUGCACCAGUCACUCCUCCCCCUGCCAAGAACGAACACUCCGAGAAGAUGGUAUAA